AUCGUGGAGCAUGAGCGAGCGAUAUAACUCCGUAUCGAUGGCACUCCGUAUCGAUGGCACUCCGUCAUGCUGCUCCGAUGGAACUUCACGCUUGGAGUUCGCUGCAAAACACCCACAAUUGGCAAGUGGCACGUCGAAUGGUGACAAACCGCUACCAUGGCAGCCGAUGAUGAUGAAACCAACAACGAUGAUGCUCUGCUUCUCGAGCAGUGGAACAAGUACAAGCCAAACCAUACAUUCAACCUUGUCCUCAAUAAGGAGUCUAGCGAUCUCUCUGGGAAAGGAUUCCAAAAGUUUGGCUCGCCGUUGCUUUUUGUCGAUGGCCAUGCUCUAUUCACUGAGAGCCGCGAACUGGCCAAGCUACUUCGAAGCCACAUUGAUACAAUACUCCCGCACGAGUCAAUGAUUCCUUGCUGGGAGAUUGUGUUCAAAAAAGUCAUCUCUGAAGACGUUGUCAACACAUUUUCUACGGAGGUCACAGCCAGGCUUCGCCAAGCUGCUCUUCGUCUCGCAAGGACACCAGCAACCAUCUUUGGUGACCCCUUUGAUUGUCAAGAUGAAUGGGGAUGGGUUUGUGAUGGAGCUGAACCCCUUUGGCGCCUCUGAGCCUUCCUUGAGAAUUCGAACGCAGCGCCAUGAUAUGGUCCUCUGGCUGGCAUCAUACAAUGUACUCGGCAACGCAUGGAGUCUUUAUAGUACACAGCCUCUCGUGGAAGCUCCUGAUCCAAGCCAGAGAGUCAUGAAGGUUACUUCUGGGAACCAAACGUUCUUUGUGACACAGAAAGCCAAAGACUCAAUGAUGAAAGCUCUUGAAAGCAACAGCAACAAACCAACAAUGUUUUUCAGAGCCAAGGACACCAUCAGAGCUGUGGCCGACACUCUUGAAGUGGAUAUGCUGGAGUAUUCCAUGCCCCAAACAUCAGAGCAGCUUCAGGCAUUCAACUGGGACUUGGUCACUCCUGGAGAGUGGGGCACAUACCCCCAGGGAAUUGACCCGAUUCAAGAUGAUUUCGAUAAGGUGAGAGCAGUGCAUCAGGCUUCGAAAGCUGACAAGGAUGCAAAGGCUAGAUCACAAGGUCAGGCCAGCAGUAAUGUCCAAUCAUACUGCACAUAUUGCCAGAGGUGGAGAUUGUGGCGGAAUAUGAUGGCUGUUUUUCGUGCAAUGAAUCCAACAGCCGAACUAUCCCUUGUUGAAGCCAUUGCCAGGGGAGUCUGCAAGCUCUGCCAUUCUAAGGAUGCAAUGAUAGAAGCCAUUGAUGAGGAAGUCAAAAAGCACAUCCGAAAGCUCAAAAGGGCAGCAGCAAAGUUGGAAAAGCAAAAGAAGAUUGACGAUCAGCUGGCUGCUACUCGGGCUGCCCAAAUUAAAGCAGCAGAGGAUGCGGAGGCAGCCGAACGGAGGCCGAGAGGAUUCAACGUGAACGACAAGAAAUCAACAACAGCCAAGAACUGGGAGACAGCAGCCAAGACCUGGGAGGCAGGGGACGAACAUCAAGGGCUGUGUUGAGAACCAAAAGGAAAGAGUUACUCCUGCACUCCAGCAGUCGGACCAGCAAGCAAAGGAGGCCCGAAGGAAGCAAGCAGCAGCCGCCCGGGCCGCACAAGAGAAAAAGCCAAGAAAGAGGAGGCUUUGGAAAGGGAAAAGGAGAGAGUGACCAAAGAAGAGAGCGAUUGUACCAGCAAAAAAAAAAGCAAAGAGAUGUGACACAGCGCGUCUUGGUGACAUGGAGACUCCUCGGCAGAAGGCCACCAGGUUGGGUGAUGCUUGGAAUCCUCCUCGCAAGGGUGACAACUCCUCCAUGCAGAAUCCUGGUUGUGCCUGGACCGAAGCCAGCACUAAGAAGCUGAAUCUUCUUGGCGUCAUUUGCACGCUGCUGAGUAAGGAAGGAAUAUUGCCGAAACCCAUGUCAUUUGGCGCUGCCAUGGAGUUCAUUGGAGCAGACAAUUUACGUCCUCCCGUGGACUUCAGAGGCCGUGUUUUCAUCUAUCUUGUUAUGGUUGUUCUUGCUCAGAAGAGGUUUGUUUACCCGAUUACCUUCCAUCAUAGUUGUUGCCUUCUUGGC